UCCGUCUCUCACACACACACACACUCGCUCUGUUGGUUUGGUUUCCUUCCAAUUUUUGCCCCCUCCUCUGCCCCCAUCAUAACCCUGUCUUUUCCUCGAGCCAAUGACCGUUGCCACCGCCGCCGAUGACGACGACGACGACGACGACGACGACGAGCGCGAGCAUCCCCGCACCCGUCGCCUGCUCCUCCACGCAUCGCCACUGCCUUCCCUGCACCCAACGCCGAGGAAGCGCCGCCGCAUCCGCCGCUGCCGUCGUCGCCCUCCUCCUCGCCACCUCCGCCUGGCUCUCCCUCGUCUUCUCCUCUCCCUCUAUCCGCCUCCACUGGGCCCACAUCCGGACCUCCGCCUCCCCCUUCCGCCGGGCCUCUCCUCCCCCGCUGCCCGGCCCCUCCACUCGAGUCCCUCCCCCUACUGGCCCUCCCAACCGCCUCCGCCCGCUCUCCCUCCGCCACCUCGUCUUCGGCAUCGGCGGCUCCGCUCACCUCUGGCCGCGCCGCCGCGAGUUCGUCCGACUCUGGUGGCGGCCCGGCGCCAUGCGCGGCCACGUCUGGCUCGACGACCGCGUGCCCCGCCCGCCCCGCAACUCCUCCCUCGCCCGAUCCCUCCCCCCCGUCCGCGUCUCUGAGGACAUCUCUCGGUUCCGAUACACCAACCCCACCGGCCACCCCUCCGGCCUCCGCAUCGCCCGCAUCCUCUCCGAGACCUUCCGACUCGGCCACCGCGGCUCCCGGUGGUUUGUGCUCGUGGACGACGACACCAUCGUCUGCCCUGAUAACCUCGUCGCCGUGCUCGCCAAGUACGAUUGGACCGAGAUGGCGUAUGUCGGGAGCCCAUCGGAAAGUCACUCCGCCAACACCUACUUCAGCCACGCGAUGGCAUUCGGGGGCGGGGGGAUCGCCAUCAGCUAUCCUCUUGCCGUAGCUCUCGCGGGGAUGAUGGACGAGUGCAUCGAGAGGUAUCCAAAGCUGUACGGCAGCGACGACCGGUUGCAUGCAUGCAUCUCCGAGCUCGGUGUCCCUCUGAGUCGCGAGUACGGUUUCCACCAGUGGGAUAUCAGGGGAAAUGCCCAUGGUCUUUUGGCUGCUCACCCUGUUGCUCCUUUCGUAUCAAUUCACCAUGUUGAAGCCGUUGACCCCAUCUACCCUGGCUUGAGCACUCUUGGAAGCCUGAAGCGUUUCACCAAGGCUAUGAAGGCUGAUCCUAUGAGUUUCUUGCAGCGGUCAAUUUGUUACGACAAGAGGAGGAAGCUUACAUUCUCAGUCUCUCUGGGUUACGUUGUCCAAGUGUUCCCAACCAUUGUCCUUCCACGAGAGCUGGAACGUUCUGAACAGACUUAUAUAGCUUGGAAUAAGCUUAACAACAGGAAUGAGUUUGAUUUUGACACAAGGGAUACCUACAGGUCUGUUUGCAAGAAGCCAGUUCUGUUUUUCUUGAGAGAUAUUGAAAGGGAUGGAAAUACUACGCUGGGUUCAUAUAGACGAGUUAAGGGGAGAGACAAUCUAAAAAAAAAAGUAUUCUGCUUUCCUCGAACACCUCCUCUACCUGACAUGAAUGAAAUCCAAGUCUUUGGUACUCCAUUGAGCGAAAAUUGGCACUUGGUGCCUAGAAGGUUAUGCUGUAAACUAAAUCAAAGACGUUAUGGGACUCUGAAAAUUGCAGUUGGGCAGUGUGAUCAUGGAGCUUCGGGGUCUGCUGCUGGUUCCCUUUGACUAUAAGGUGCAUUAAGUUGUAUAUCAUCUGACCAGAUGGUGAUUAUUGUGAGCAAAAAACUCUAUUUUCUCCAUGCUUCAACUUUUUUG